UGAAUGGGGGCUCAGUCCAGCUUGUGACAGCUCGUCCUGUAGUGUAACCGUAGACGCCACGGUCCGUUCAUCCAGUCGGGUCCGCUGCUUUCAGACGCGCCGGUAGUCCACGGCCCUGCUCCUCCGGUAGUACACAUUUAUUCAGGAAUGAGAAAUGAUGGCCGGCUCUGCAGCAGAGGAGAAAACCUUCCGACGGUUCUUGGAGCUCUUUAUUCGGGAGAUGAGGAUGCCUCUGCAGGAGGGCGACCCGCUGCCGAUGCGCCCCUUGUCGGACCUGGUGUCUGAGGACGAAGUGGAGGGGGAAUGCCUCGACCUGUGUCUCCAGCACCUCUACAAAUAUAACUGCCCGUGCUCCCUGGCUGCCGCCUUGGCCAGAGCCACAGCAGACAGCCUCCUGCAGACUGACCUCUCUAUUCACCACCUGAAUAAGACUGUAGAAGAUGGAGCUGACCCAUUACCACAGAUGGAGUCUGUGAAGCUGGCCCGGCUGGUGUUUAAUAGACUGUUUGAGACGUGCUGCCUCUGGCUGAAGGAGCUCCCCUUCCACCGUCGUCCACAGCCAUAUUAUGAGACGUCCAUCCACGCCAUCAAGAACAUGCGGCGCAAGAUGGAGGACAAGCACAUCAUCAUCCCUGACUUCAACACACUCUUCAAUAUUCAGGAUCAGGAAGAGCAGGCUUUCUUUGCUGUGUUUGACGGUCAUGGAGGUGUGGAUGCUGCCAUUUAUGCAGCCAAUCACCUUCACGUGAACUUAGUCCGGCAGGAAUCCUUCAGCCAGGACCCCAGCGAGGCGCUCUGCAGAGCCUUCAAACUCACCGACGAACGCUUUGUGAAGAAGGCCUCGCGAGAGAACCUACGUUGUGGCACAACAGGCGUGGUGACGUUCCUGCGGGGCCGGACGUUGUACGUGGCCUGGCUUGGAGACUCCCAGGUCAUUCUGGUCAGGAAAGGGCAGGUGGUGGAGCUGAUGAAACCACAUAAACCAGACAGAGAGGAUGAGAAGCAGAGGAUCGAGGCUCUCGGAGGUUGUGUGAUCUGGUUCGGCACGUGGAGGGUCAAUGGCAGCUUGUCUGUAUCCAGAGCGAUAGGUGACUCGGAGCACAAACCCUACAUCUGUGGCGACGCAGACCAUGGCAUCUUCCCAUUGGAUGGUUCAGAAGACUACCUGAUUCUGGCCUGCGAUGGCUUCUGGGACACGGUGAAUCCAGAUGAGGCGGUGCGCGUGGUCAGUGAUCAUCUCCAGGAGAACGCUGGGGACACCACCAUGGUAGCUCAUAAGCUGGUGGCCUCAGCCCGGGAUGCAGGCUCUAGCGAUAAUAUCACUGUCAUAGUGGUCUUCUUGCGGGACCCUCGCUCGCCACCACCCACCAGCACCGAGGAGGAGGAGGAGGGUGUGGUGGAGGGAGAGGUGGCGGACGAGGAGGAGGUAGCAGAGGUGGAGGAGGAGGAGCAAGAAGAGGAGGAGCAGGAGGAGGAAGAUGAAGCGGUCAGGGUAGAGCGUGACGGCGGAGAGGGAGGAAGCAAUGCGGACAAUGGGGGGAAGAGCCGUGGAGGCUGGCCCCUGCAGCAGUGCUCAGCGCCCGCUGACCUUGGCUACGAAGACCGAACUGACUCGUUCACGGACAGAACUAGCCUCAGCCUGCUGGGGCCGGCGCUGGAGGGCCGCAUCUCGCUGACCCGCGGCUCUUUCGGCCUUAGCCCCGACCUCUUCGCCACCUCUCACAUCUUCCGAGAACGCGCACUGAGGCGCAGGUCCUGUGUCCCUUUUCAGGAGUCCAGCAUCUCUAGCUUCACGGACCCACUGUGGCCCCACACAGCCAUGCUGUUAGGCCAGGCAGUGAGGCGAAGCCGCAAGCUCGGUUAUGGUAGUCGCCGGUGGGGGCGGAGGUUGCCAAGCAGAUCCAGGGAGCUGCUAGGCCUGUUACCAUCUGGCCCCCUGCUGCCCCACAUGCAGCGCUACUCCAACCGGAAAUCCGGAGUGGCAGUGCCUCAACUGCCCCAUGAUGCCACCAUCUGAAGAGGUGACCCAGACCAAACCAUCUCCUUCAACCCUCCUUCCUGCCCCCAGUCCACCCAUCCACCUUUGCCUUCAACAACACGUCAACAUGUCUUUCUUUGAUAGUUGGUAGUUGUAGCUCCUGCAGUUGUUAUGUGAUUAUUGAAUCUCUGUCAGAGGAGUGGUGCUCUCUGUCCUAAGCUGAAAUGUUUCCAGUUGUAAGUUGGCCCAUUAACACAAGCCCCGCUCCUCAAUGCUGUAGGUAAAGCUCAUAACUGCAUUCUCCAUUGGGACCACUGACCAGUCAAAAUGAAGCCAGAGCUGGAAGUGCAGGUUAAUAAGAUGUGUUCAGACUGAAGGACACAGCUUACCGUAGGCACCUUACAUAAAGUUUAGGUCUGAGUACUUCAUUAACGAGGAUAUAAGUGAAGAUUUAAAGGCAAAUAACAGAAAGAAGUGGACACCAGAAACAUUUAGAAGCAGUUUUGUUGAUGAGAAACAUAUUCAGUCUGAACACAUUUAAGAUUAAUUUAUGUGCUUGGUCGCUCUACAGACUAUUUUGAAGAGACAAUUUUAAAAAGAAAGAAGGUGCAACACAGAAAAGAUUAAAUCUGGUACUUGAAGAAGGAAAAAAUGAGGACGAAAUAAAGAAAAAAUCGCACGGCUUGGUCAAAAGUAUGUGGACAAAAGUAUCAUGCACUGCAGGGAUCUGAUCCCUUUUAGCCAUCUUUACUGUCCUUUCUUGUUACUCUCUUGUUACAAUAUAUAAAAUGUAUAAGCCACCACCAAACUACUUUUGCUGGUUUGCUCAUUCACACAAAGUGGACAGACAGGGGGGAAGAGUCAAAUCUAUCUCUGUAGCUCUAACUGAACUUCAUGCUUUUAAGUGUAAUCAUCCACACACGUUUUUUUUUUUUUAAUUCUGCAUCUCACUGUGCAGUCAUACCCAGGUAUAAAUGCACGGCGAGGUGUCACAUAUCAUCUUUUCUUCUGAGAAAGCUACUGAGAAUGUCGAGCGACCCAGCAUUAAAUUAAGCUCUAAUAGCGCAGCCUGCCUCUCUGUCUCCUCAACAAUCCCUCGGUGGCAGAUGAAUAACAUUCGUAAGCGGACGCCGGAACAAUAGUUGCUCCUGGUUUCUCGGACUGGAAGCACACGCUGUUCUGCCCCCUCCAAUUCAGUCAAUGACCCAGCCAUUAUCCAGCCACAUUUGUCUACAGAUAAAAGCACUUAGCACCGGAUUAUAAAAGAUUAGCAGUCACUUACCUGAAUAAAUUCUUCAUGUAGUCCAUGUAGUCCAGAUGGUGAUAUGCUCCUGAAAUAAUGGGUUUUUUAGAGCGGGUUUUUAAAAAAACUAUUUCAUCAUAGUUUUGGUUGUUUUUGUUUUUUACAGAAAACCCAGUGAACAAAAGCAUUUUUCCCACAGGUAUUCCAUACCUUCCAUAUUACUGAGUUACUGAGCUCCAUAUCCUUUAUACACCCGUCACUCAUUGUUUCAUAUCACCAUUAAAGACAAGUCUGGCUUGUGCGUUCAGCCCGGUCAUGUCACGAGGCUCUAACAGCAAAAGAGAUUAACAUUUUUAUUUUGCCAGGAAGAAAGUAUGAUACCACUCUCACAUCUGUCUGAUAAAUAUGAAGCUAUUACCAGCAGCUGAUUGGCUCAGCUUACUGAUGCUUACUUAUGGAUAACACCAAUAUCUAUCACCGCUAUGCCUAUCAAGAUAGGAGGACCAUGCAGUAUUUUCCAGCUGUAUUAUUUAUUAAUUCAGAGAAACAGGAAAUUUUCUAGAAGUUUUUAAUAACGUGGGGUCUGAUACAAGUUUUUCUAGACUGUAACAUUAAUAUUUUGUUACCUUUCGGCAGACUAUUCUGUUACUACCCAACAAACAUAUUACAUAAUUCCACGUUGUUACAUUUUGUCAUAAGAACUUGGUAAGUUUGUAUGCUUCUCUUGUAGCAAAAUAACCAGACUAUUUUGCAACGUUGUAGUAACAUUAUAGAAAAAUGUGGAGGUGAUGUCAUACAUGUGAGGCACAUUAUAAUGUUUUAUAAUGCUGCUUUGACUGGGCUUUCUCUUUUAUGUUAGUAUUAUGUCAUUUUUAAAUGUUGAGCAAAUGUAAGAGACCAGGAGGAGGUGUUGCCGCUACCCUGCCCCAAACAGAUUUUGCUUCCAGUCUUCAAGCUAAGCUAAGCUAAUUGACAUCUGGUUUGCAGUGGCUUCUUGUUUAACUAAGUGUACAGAUGUGGGAGUGGUUUCAACUUCUCAUGAAGAAAGCGACCCAGCCAGUGUCCCCAAAACUUAGGAGCCUAAGAGACAGCUAUCAAAAUGUAAAUAAAGAAUCACUGCAUAACAGUAUAUCAUCGACAUUACAUAGUGCAGCUACUACUGUGCAUUCACAUCCUCCUUAGAUGGUCCCAGUUGGGAAAAUUGUUCUUCCGACUUCCGCUGUUCAUGUAGCCUAUAGCAUUUAAUGUGAAAACAACAUGAGUGCUACAAAGAAGACAUGUUGUAUUUUCUUACUAAGUGCUUUGAAAAGUACACACACAUAUUCAUAGCUAUAAUGAAUUAAUAUUGAUUUACCUGACUUGUUAUCCAAAGUUAUGGCAAAUUUAAACAAAAAACGGUAACAAACAGUUAAAAAUUUAAAAAAAAAAAAAUCCAAAAUUAAUUUUCAUCACAAAUGUGUAUGAAAAUAUGAAUUUGCACCACUAAUCAAAGAUUUCUCAGUAUAAGCCAAACACUUUGUUUCAUUUGUCUCGUAGCAACAUUUUUGCAGACAUUCAGAGUUGUUGUAACUUCAGGGCAUGUUUUGCAGUUGGUAGCUAAUUUUUCCAAUUCCUUUCAACACCACAUGAAUAGACAAAUAGCUGCCACUGUCAGAGAAAUCCACUGUGGCUGACUCCCAUGGCUUCACAGAGCCUUUAUAAUUGGAUCUGAUCUAGAUUCUGCAAUGGAGAGGCCCUCUGUGCUGUCCAACAGGCUCACUUCAGGUAUCUUAUCAGGCCAUAGAAAUCUUCAGUUUUUAUACCACUUUGCCUGAAAAGAUAUUUCUCCCAUUUAUGUUUGUUUUUUCAUGUCUUACCCCAAAUAUCCACUCAGUAGAGAUCCUAUAAACAAUAAUUCAUAAUCAUAAAUACCAAACAACCAUGUAGCCAUCAAACAAUAAUCCUCUGACUGACUUUAUGUGAUAAUACUACAAAGACAGUUUUUUCAUAUUAGACUCAUUAAUCCCUUUCUAAUGACACUAAUAACACUUAAACCCAAUCUAAUCUCACUUUGCAUUAAAUAUAUUACCUUUUGUAUCUCACCAUAAUCUAUGGCUAUAUUCGAAUGAUACUGAAAAUUUACUCUGAAAAAUAUUUACCUUUAUACAGAAGUGUGCACUAAUCUGAUUGAUUCCUGGCCAACAAACUUUAGUUCAAACAACAGCUGUGGUUAGUAUUUUUAUGGGGUCAUUCAAUUUUGAAACAAAAACCUUGUAAAAGGUUCUCAAGUAUACCCUCAUACCUAGCUAAAAACAAGAAGGUUACCAUCCUCUCCAGCUACUGCGAAUGCUAACUUUUUCACAAAAGAAAAUUAUUUUUGUACUGAGGGCAAAGUUAAUUAGCUCCAACAAAAACCCUGUAAAGCGUUAAAAGUAAAAGGUAUUUUGAUGCAACCCUCUUUAAAGCUUGGGGAAAAAAACACCUGGAAACAGUAUAAAUCCUAUCUGACAUUCAGCUGUUAAUAUUUGACUUUUAAUGUUAGCCCACAUGAGAGAAGGCUCGGAUCAGGACUAACCAGUGUUUGGUGAUUUUAAUGUUUUUAGUGGCCGUGUUUUAAGACCUGUGGUUAAGGUCUUAAAACAUGCAUGUCUUUCCACUCAGCAAAGGCUUUGAGGCGUUUAGUAGGUAUUUAUUUUGAAUCAUUAUCUAAAUUAUCUUAAGACAUUAAAAAUCACCUAUAAAACCUGAUUUAAAAAAAACUUUAAAAAGUUUGUUGAUUUUUGCCACAAAAAUGGGAUUUUUGUUCUCCAUUAGCCACCAUUGUUUCUGUUUCUCCCACAUACUCUGGAUUAAUUUAGUGCCAUCUCUCUCUUAGUCUGCUUUAAUACUAGUAAACUAGUUAUCCAGCUGAGCAGAUAUAUAAAAAAGGUGGUGCACCUAUAUAUUUUUUACAUAUUCGCCAUGCUUUAUUUGUUAUUAAAGUCCAACUUCAAAUCCAGAUUAUCAAGGGUAACCAAACGAAACAGCAAUAGCCAGCGAGAUUGCAGCUAUUUAAUGAGGUUACAAUACGAGCUAGUGCACAGACAAUAUAAAAGAUGGAUGUAGCCACCAUGACGUUACGAAGCCUUAAGCGGAACUUUUUCAGUGUUUUGAAACUCGAUGCGACAACUGAUCAAUCAGAACUUGUUAGCCAGUGAGUAUACCCUGGAUAAUUCUCCUUUCUGACAAUUACCAAAGUGGACCUGACGGUUUAUUUGAUAUGACCUGAAACUCUGAGCUAUAUUUUUCCAUAGGCUUCUCUAGGGCCAGAAGUCCUUUUGCAGCCAGAGAAGUCACCUCCUGGUGGCCAUUAAAAAGAAUGUAUGUUGAAGGCACUUCUAUGCUGGCUUCAGUUUUCAGACCUGGAAGCUACACCCAUUUUUUCAUUGUCUAUGCUAGCAUACAGAAGCCCAUUUUGAAGAUGUCAGCCACCUGUACCCCCUCCUCCAACCCUCCAGCCUGUGAGUCCCUGCACUGGUCCAAGAGGCCUGCUCACCAUGGGAUUACUUACCUUUGUUUCUUGUGUUUUGAGGUUUGGAAAGGCUAAAAAUCUGGCUGCUACGCUUUUGUGUGGACAUAUUAAUUCUUCCUGUAACACUGUACCUCCACUCUUUCCAAAUGUUAGUGAUAACCUGGAUCUGUAAACACUGGCUGACAAAACACCCAGCAUCACUAACCCUGUUGCUGUUGUCUCCUGUAACCAUCCUGUGGACUGAAUAGUGACGAGCAUGAGCAGAAUGUACCUCAUGUCCCAGAAUGUCCUGACAGACUUGGUGAAGAGGGUCAACAUGAGGUGUUUUUCUUUGUUUUGUUUUUUUGUGAGGGUAAGAAUAGUUUUUUGAGGAAUGUACCAUCCAGACACUCAACAAACUACAGCCACUGGAUCGCUUUUUGUGGGACUGUAUCUGCAGUGUUUGUCUCCAGAAGCGUGAAGACAAUAGGCAACCAAGGAAAUCAAGUCAUUAUAAAAAAAAUCACUUAGGAAUGGAUGUGUGUAUAUUAUGAGUAAUGUGAGUUAACUGGGUGCUGGAGGAGUGUACAUAUAAUAAUUCUGUCUUGUAAAUCAAUGGUUUUAGUCCAUCAGCUGGUGAGAUAUCUACUUGAAAAAGUCAGACGGUCUGAAUCUCAGUGAGGUGGCGGUGAGGAGAUGAGUGUUGUCCGAUUGUGGCCUCGCUGCUGUUUCAUCCUCAUCCCGCUCUCUAUUUCCCAGAUAAGAAUAGUAAUCUGGGGAAAACAUACAUUAAAUUAUUGGCUUCAUCUUCUGCAAUAGCUUUGAUUUUUUUUAUUAUUAGUAUCAGCCUUAAAAAAUGCCAGUCAUAUCAGUAGGUUUGCGUUACAAACACAACCAUUUUAGCUCAAAGAUUAGAGCUUUCACAAAGCCUCGAACUCCGGGGAAGCAGAGCCGCCAUCGGGUGACAGGGUCUUGUUAUAAUGAUAGACAUAUGACAAUGUUGGAAAUACAUUACAGGGUUACCUUGGCAACUGGAGCUUGGACUAUCCACCAGCUGUUAGCUAAAAAGGCAUGGGUGUGCGUCCACAAGCGACUCGCCUAUAAUUCCCGGCCAAAAUCCUGCAAAUGCAUUGACAGGUUCCCAGAUUAUUGCUGAACAUCUCUGAUCCAAGUUAUGUCACUAACACCAAAAGGCAGCGUCCAUUUCUAUGAUAUUUUGUUUACUGCAGGGGAGCACAGUGGAGCAGUGGUGCAGCACAAUGAGACAGUCCUAGGUUCAAGCCCAUGAGCCGGCUGGAGUUUUCUCUGUGCCCCAGCUUCCCGUCACAAAGACAUGUACGUUAGGUUAAUCAACUACCUGUCAGGGUGUAGCCUGCUUCUCACCACGAUGAUUGGGAUUGGCUCCAGUCCCACUGUGUAACACUGAAUUGGAUAAGUGGAAGAUGGACAGAUGGAUGGUGGUGAUAGAGGGGAAAUCAUGGGUCCACCAAAGUUGUUAGGGUUCAUCCUCUGGAAAACAUGAAUUUCUGAACAAACUGGGGAAAAAUAGCAGUAAUACUAUCAGUGAUCAGUUGUUAGUCAAAAUACAAAUGCAUGGACGUGAUGCAAUGGUCUGUAACCAUAACUGUACAAAACCAUACAAAAAGGAACAAUCGCACCAUUAUUCACUACUUAAUGAUUUUUGCAUUAAAGCAAUAGUCCAGAUAUUCUGAAUUAAUAACUCCUAGGAGAGACUCAAAAAUUUCAUUUUAUUUACAUUCAUUUCUCUAAUGCUUAGUUUAAUACAGUUUUACUUUGGUUUAGGGUUGAAAUAUUGGACUAUAGUGGCAUAUCUGUCUCUUGAGUGACCCGCUCACAGCCUGAAUACAUUUCAGAUGCAUUAUUUUAGAUCCUGAAGCCAUAUCUGUUCAAGCGGAGAAACACUAAAUAUCCAGCAAACACACAGUCUGCACCAUCUACUCCAACAUAAAACUGGAUUACAUUAAGUUUGAUGGUUUUUCAUUAGAACGAGAUCUCCUUUGAUGUUAAAGAAGUUUUGAUAUUUGGUGGCAGUUCUGCUCUGCUAUAGGAAACUGCUGUGUGCACACUGACACUCUGAAGCUCGUUUUACUCGUGCCCACUCCAGCUUUGCAGUGCAGUUGUAGUUUUCAGUGUCCUGUUGUUCAGUUUGUCAAACCGUGACAGCUCUCAGUGACCAGGAAUCCCCGUUGGCUGCAUUCAUGUUAAUACAGUGUUACCCAUCAUACUGAAAAACCACAGAAGUUGUCACUGUAUAAGCAAAGAAAGCAUUUGCCAUCAUUCCCUGUGGUAAAUCCUCCACCUUAGAUCAAGAAACCCUACACUCCCCGACCCGCUCACACUCUGCUUGCUCUUAAUAAGUUCCUCCGAGUCGGACGUGUCCCCGCCCUCAUGAUGAAAGCAAGCAGAGGUUCGGCUCUGCUCUCCCAUGAUCACCGUCCAACUAUAGGGCCCUCUGUGAAUCUGCACUGUGUCUAUGUACACAAAAGCUUUUUCUUUUACUCUGUAAGCAAUAAUGACAUUGCAUUAAAAGGCUCUCUGUGGGUUUGUCUUCUGCUGAAGGAUGCAACAAAAUACAGUUAUGUUAAGCCAUACUUGAAAGGGCAUAAUGGGCAAGUCCCUGAAGUCAGUUUCCCAUUCAUUUUAUCUGCAGAUGAGUCCUAAUAUGUCUCAGAUCAGCUUUAGCAUUAGAUAGAAGAAUGAAUGUGAAGCUUUCUUCUGUAAAAACAAAAAAAGGAGCUGGGAUAAAAGAGGCAGGAUGUUUAAACUUGUAUAAGCCAUCCGUGUGCGUUAGAAAAGGAGUCAGGACUUCUGAGACCUAUGCACUGCUCAAAUGUAGACCAGUGGAUAUGUGGUGAGUUGGGAGUAGGGCUGAGAGUGAGAGCCUCUCUCCUUCUUGUCCUCCAGGCUUGAAGACAAACCCCAUGAUUGGUUCUUCUUCAACAUGCAGGUUAGGUAAAGAAAAAAUGAUAAUAAUGAAAAAAAAAUGUAAAACACACACUGAGUACCUGUAUUAUCUGUGUUCCUGUAGUAUAUAAAUAUGUGUAUUGUAACUGGUGACUAAUUAUGUAUAUAAAGAUUAGACCAAGUCUCUGGCUGAUGCUU